GAAUACUAAAUUAGGAAAAUUGCUUCAACUGGGGAGAGAAAAAAAUCCUCUCUGGAGUCGAAUUCUAAAGCUAAUCUUGAAGACUUUGAAGAAGCUAACUCAAAAUCUGGAAUUAGGUCAGCGUUCUGCCGAAGAAGUUGAUGACUGCGACGUGAAAGGGGAUCAAGAAAACCUCUGAACUCUCACGUCACUGUUAACUCACAACACCAUUCCAUUGCCCUUUUCCUAUGGUUGUGCAGACAGUUGAUGUUUGAUAUAGAAGUGCACCUAAACACAUGGGGACAAGCAGUUUUCUAUGGAACUGUACUAAAAAAUUCAUCACAGCCGGGAUCGUCACUGUGACUGUGACUGAUCAUUUUGUGACAGUUAUUCCAGUUCGAGGCGGAUCUAUGUCUCCCACAUUUAAUCCUAAAGCUGGUUCUCAUAUGGGAGAUGUUUUUGAUGACUAUGUUUUGGUUGAGAAAUUUUGCCUUAGGAAUUACAAGUUUUCACAUGGCGAUGUGGUGGUCUUUCGCUCCCCUCUAAAUCACAAGGAGACACACGUAAAGAGAAUAGCUGCAUUACCUGGUGAAUGGUUUGGCACUCAUCAUAACAAUGAUGUGAUUCAGAUUCCAUUAGGACAUUGUUGGGUUGAAGGAGACAACACCGCUUCUAGCUUGGAUUCAAAUUCAUUUGGACCAAUUCCUUUGGCCCUAAUUCGGGGAAGGGUUACCCAUGUUGUGUGGCCUCCUCAAAGAAUAGGAGCUGUCAAGAGUACUCCACCGCAACGAUUAUCUUCUUUUUAGUUGGAUCCACUAGUGGAAUAAUGCUAUAUUGUUGGGCUUCCUCAAAGGAUAGGUGCGAAAGAACUACAUCAGAAGUGUUAUCUUCUGAUCUCUGACGUUGUUCCCUUACAUGUUCCUUGAUUUUUGUCAGUGGAAAGGAUAGUUACUUACCUAUUUGUUGAUUGGGUUGCUAGUGUAAACCUUGAAUCCCUCAAAUGUUGGUUACAUUCUAAGCAAGGUAACCUAAAGGUUACAAAUGAGAUGAAUGAUAUCUUAAAGCAGAAUAGGUGAAAAAACUUGCAUAACAAUGUUUAGAAGGAUGCUGGUCCGAAUGUGAUACCAGCUUUCUCGAGUAGUUGUCCAGAUGUCACGAUGAUGAGCAGCAAUGGUGAUUACUAGCAUAGAUAUGAGAAAUUAAUAAGCUAAAUUACUCAUGUGGUACUUUAUUUUAGGUUAUAAUUCAAUCUCUUUUUGUAAAA